CAGCUGGGUAAUGUACAUAUUUACCUCGUGUGGGCAUCUAAAAAAAUUGUGAAGUUAGUUUCGCGUGAUGGUUUUAACUGUACAAAAUAUAGUUUUUGACCAUUGAAACGGCCACUGGAUUGUUUAAUUAAUGAUAUUUAAUUAGGCUACAAAUAUGCCACCAUUCGUACCUGUCCAAUCGCUCUACUCAUCCUGCUUGACUACUGUAUUUGAGCAUCUUUUAGAGUGUGUUAAAAAAAGAAACUGUACUGUUGAGCACCUCCGGAAAGUGAUUCAGUCAUCUCUUCAUGCAGGGAUUCGUGAGCAUUUGAUUCAUAUCACAACUGCACAUUGUAGGAAUAAUAUAUAUAUGCUGUUGGACCUGUUAAACAUAUUACUUGAUCAAACCAUCAAGCAACUUGAUCAUUCUGGUGGGGAUGAUAACACAUGGCUCCGUGCUGAACAGUGCUCUGCCUUGCUGACUACAUUGGAACAAUGUGAAGCCACAGGCCUCCAAGAACUCACAGUCAAGGUUCGUCUGGACACGCGCCGUGCAGGAGAUAUAGAAACUGUUUCAUCAGCAAACCUUUCAUUUCACCGUAUUCUGCGAGGUGGAUUGGCAGGAAAUCUGCAUUCACUGGUCCUACGCUCUGUAUGUGACAAUGAAAUUCUUAGACUCUUGGGCCGCCACUGUCCACAUCUCCGACAUCUUGAUGCCACAUCAUCAUGGCUUGUAGAUGACAAUGGGCUCCGAUCUCUCUGUUUCAAGGAGCAAGAGUCUCAUAUUUUGCCUCCUGAUGGCUGCUGUGGUGACAUCAGUGAAUGGUUUUCUGCUAUUCAACCAUCUGACUUGAACACUUGCUCUCAAAGUCUUCAAGAGGUUCGCAUCCAAGAUACCAACACAUCAGAGCUUGGUGUUGUAAUGCUUCUUCAGUUCAUCCCAAACCUUAAGUCUCUCGGAGGGUUUAUAUACUACAGGAAUGUAGGUGAUGCAAUUGUGCAUCUAUCACAGCACCAUGAGGGGAAGCUGAAGCUAAGCCUCACAGACUUAUGGGAUACUUGUCUGUCGCCAGAGAAGGCUGCCAUCCUCGCUACAGCUGCUCCUCACCUAACCAGUCUCUACACUAGAGGAAGCUGGCUACACAGUGUUGCAUCAUUUUCCCAUCUCGUAGUACUCACUGUUGACUUUGAUUUUGUAGACUUCUCACCAGCACUGGAAAGCUAUCUGAUAGAGCACGGACAGAAGCUGCGGAAGCUUGUGUUGGUUGAUCAGAUGCACUCUGUGGAUGUGUCAAUGCUGGCAGAGAAUUGUCCACAUCUGGAAGAACUUGGAGCUAAAUUGGAAGGAGGAUGGUAUGGACAGGCUGGAAGUAUGCUGCCUGAACUUGUGAUAUGUAGAAUUCGUGUUGGGGCCACUGAAACACUGCAUGCUCUCCUUGUUCAUGCUUUGCAUCUUGAGCACCUUGAGGUGGUGUUGGAAGAAGAGAAUUACGGGGAAGGGGUGGAAAUGGUAGAUGACUCGUUAAUCUCACAGAUCCUGUCUGAAAAUCCUCGUCCAGAGCACCUCCGUGUGUUCGUGCUGCGCAGUGAAUGUAACCUGACAGCUCUUUCAGUGCAGUUGUUGAUAAGUUCAUGUCCUUCGCUGAGGUUCAUAGGUGAUCUUCAUGCCUGGGCUGGUAUAUGUGACAGUGACAUGGAACAGCUGGCUCAGGAAAUUGUGGAUAGAAAUCUGGAUCUCAUAUUAAGUUACAGAGACACACUGCUACCGUAUCGCAGGGCUCGAUGCCUUGUGGCCAAGACCUAGAGCUUCAUCUAGCCUCAGGCUAGGGUAUAUACCUGGUGAGCACAAAGCAGAAACAAUUUGUAAUCCUAUGAAUGAGUAUCUUUUUUGACUGUGGUCUUCUGCUUUGUGACAUUUGUAAUCUUCUGAAUGAUUACCAAUGUUUUGGAGGAAUGUCAGUAAUCACCUACAAAACUACACGGCAUCACAAUCUAGAAAACUGGAAUCAAUAUUUUCGCUCCUGUGAGAACCUCAAAUCUCUGAUAGCGCUAUUAAAUUCGGCAUUCACAAGACAAGUUGCACUAAAGAAGUAUUUUUAUGAAGUAUGAGUUUGUGACUACUGUGUUGUGAGAUACAAUGCUCAGGGGUCACAAACCAUAUCAUAGGAUAAAUACUUAAUAACAACAUAAAAAACAGAUCUUUCUCACUGUCAGGUCACGAACAAAGGCUGAAGUUAUGUUAUUGGAAAGUACUCACCACCCCCCCCCACCCCCAAAAUGCCACUAUUCAGUUUAUUUCAACACAAAUUCUAGCAUUAGGAUUGAACCUGGUCUUCUGGGUGACCAUUGGAGCUAUGACACUUGCAUUUCAUUAAUAACUGGAAGAUCAUAUUACAGCACUGUAAUAAAUAAACAUACAUUUCUAUGAAAAGUUGUGUCAUAUAAAUCUGAGAACUGCAGUGAAACCUGUUUAAGAAAAUAUCAGAAGAGGACUAUGAAAAUUGUCAAUUUUGUACAGGUUUCUGUUUCAUAAAGGGUCUUAUAAAACCACAAAUGAAUACACAAUACAUACCCAUAGUGUAAAAGUAUAAAGUUGUCUAACUGAAUCUUUUCCAACAGACUUUUCUUCUGGGUUGUAGUGCUGUGUAGUCUGGUAGAAGUUUACCAAUGUUUCAGAGGUUUUACUGCCUCUAUCAUCAGGGCUACUCAUCGCUCUGAUGGUGGAGGCAGCAAGAACCUCUUAAACACUGGUAAAUGUCUACCAGAUUACAUGGUGCUUCAACCCAGAAGACAGCCAUGAUCAUACUUACUGUCAUGAGAACUUCAGAUCCUACUGAUUUUUCACGUGCUUUUAUGAUUUGUCACUGACGCACCAUUUUCCUUUGCAACACAAAAUUGUUCUGCUAAACACAUGGAAAAACAAGCCAUUCUCAUCACUUUUAUCUAAGUCCUUGAAUUGAUAUCCUUCAGUGAGAGAUGGCAACCCAACUUUUCAGUCAUUUCAUGGAACCAUUCAUAUUAAGCCACUUAUUUUUAGUCUCCGUAAGUUAACAUGGUGGUGAUCAUUUUUGUAUUAAAAGGCUAAUGUCGUACUUUCUUAAAUUUAUCGCUACAAAUAGACAAGGUAAGAAAAGAAUGUUUAUCACAGAUAACUAACCAAGUCCUUCCUUAUCUGUUUCAAAACAAGCUGAAAAUUUUCACAAGGUACAGCAUGACUCAUUUCAUAAUACAAAACACAAAAUAGACGUAGAUUGAGUCCAGAAUCUACAGUGCACGGCAAAAACAACAAAUUCAACCCAGAAGACCACAGUCAACUUCUGUACCAGCAUGAGAAUUCCCUUUAAUGCAGUUAUUUUCCAUUCUGUUUCUGCCUCUUAGAGGUAAUUUUAUGCAAAAUUUCUCUUCUCAUUUUGACCAAAUAAAUAUACUAGUUAAGACAAUUCCCAUUUCAGCAUGAUUUCUUCAUGCACCAGAUGAAAUGCCUGUUGUAUCCCCACCCUAUUAAACAAAUAAUUCAAAUUAUAUCAUAAAUGUAAUGUAAUAACUUAAGUCCAGUGUAAUACUUUUCUUCUUUAUAAUGAAUGGAUUAUACUGAACUGGAAAGCAAAAUACUUUACCAAGAGUUCACCGUUUUCUCAUACAGGGUUGCAUACAGCCAAGAAAUCUGAAUGCAGAAUAGAAUGAACCAACAUAUUCCAAACAUUUCAUAUAUUCACCUAACAGUAAGAUGUGUAAUUUCAUAAUAAUAUUGUAUGUGUUAAAGUAGGGUGUGUAUUUGCCUACAACCAAAAUAAAAUCACUAUGAAUGUUUCAAA